UCAGUCGCUCGCUGACAAGUCAGCAGUCAGUAACGCAUCACACAGCACACAGCAGCUCUUGUUCCAGCAGUCGCAACAGGUUUGCCAUGGAGAAUAUACCGUGGACUGAGCCUGUGACAUCUUCGAAAUUUGAAGAUCUCCUUGGGCUAAACAAGGGCUCAGUGGAAAGUAUAUCUAUAAAGAAUAUGACGAAGCCCGGUCAGAAUUUCGGCAGCAGCUUACUGAGUAUUGAGCUAGCUUUGCGAGAUGGUCAAACGCUGUACCUGGUUGGCAAAUUCAUGCCUAGAACAGAAGCGCAAAAAGCAGCUUUCGAUUCGGCGAAGACAUUCGUGAAAGAAAUACACGCGUACCGCUCCAUAAACGUCGAACUGAUUAAACUGCAGCGUGAGAGGGGCGUUCCGGAAGAGGAGAUAUGCGACCCUAUGCCGCGGUACUACGGGUCGCGGGUGAACAUCGCCGGCGACGAGUCGACGGGGGCGGACGACAACGCCGUGCUGCUGCUGCAGAACCUGACGCGCAGCGGCUACCAGAUGGGAGACCAGAAGAAGGGGCUGGACUUGUCGCACGCGAGGCUGCUCGUCCGGAAGGUCGCGCAGUUCCAAGCGUCGGCAGUCGCUCUCAGACUCCUCAAACCGCAAGUGUUCAGCAGCCUUAUUGACGGCAAGUGUACUUUCGCUGGUAUGGGAGCCGAAGGGCACCGGCAGUUUUCCAACAGCUUCAUGGAACAUUUUAAAUCUUUUCCGGAGGUCGCACCGUAUUACGACAGACUUAGGGCUACCAACGAUCGGAUGUGUGAUAUCUCUCUGGAGAAGCUCUGGGCGGAAGUUGUCGAACCGUACGCUUCGCUGUCGCAUAACGAUCUGUGGGUCAACAACAUGAUGUUCCUGAACGACGUCAGUGGCAAUCCGACGAGUGUGAAGUUCUUCGACUUCCAGACGCUCACCUACUCGUCGCCUGUCAGAGACCUCAUAUUUUUCCUGUACACCAGCAUACGACACGAUCUGGUUAGAAACAGUGUCGAUGAACUAACAGCAUUAUAUUACGAGAGUUUCGUAGCCUGGCUGAAGAAAAUGGGUUGUAGCACAGACGCGUUUACGGAGACAGCAUUCAGACAAGAGAUCGACAGGGUCGCCCCGUCGGAGGUGAUGCACAUACUGCUGUUGCUGAACGUAUUGUGCGCAGACGAACACGAGAAAUUUACGCCCUCUGAUGAGCCGGAUUCAAGUCCGUCAUUUUCUUCGAGCGAAAUGUAUCGAACGAAAGCAUUAAUCACGCUUCAAGAUUUUGAUGCAAGGGGCUGGUUGUAAUGGAUGU